UUAAAGUUUUCUGCUUUAGCCUUUAGGUCAAUCUCUCUCGUUAACGUCGCUCUUGUCCACGAAGCGACUCACUGUGGAGUUCGAUAUUCAGACAAUCUCUAAGCUUCCCACGACAAAAGGUGUCAAAUUUGGUCAUUAUGACGGAGUAUAAGCAAGAACAAGAGAUGGAGAUUGAAGCUCUUGAAUCUAUACUUGCGGAUGAAUUUAAAGAAAUUCACUCUAGUGAAAGUGGGCUUAACACUUCAAAUCGAUGCUUUCAGAUAACAGUGACUCCUCAGGAUGAUGAUCUAGAGGAGUCAUCAAUCCCACCAGUUCAGCUGGGAUUGGUUUUCUCGCACACCGAAAAUUACCCGGACGAAGUUCCACUUUUGGAUGUUAAAAGUAUUCGAGGAAUCCAUGUUAGUGACCUCACCAUCUUAAAAGAGAAGCUUGAACAAGAGGCAACUGAAAAUCUUGGUAUGGCCAUGAUCUAUACAUUGGUCUCAUCAGCGAAAGACUGGUUGUCUGAACACUAUGGGAAAGAUGAUGGAGCUGACUUUGCCGAGGAAGAAGCUGCCAAAGAGGAUGAGGUAAUUGUUCCUCAUGGAGAACCUGUUACGCUGGAGACAUUUUUGGCAUGGAGAGAGAGAUAUGAGGCAGAGCUUGCACUUGAGCGAGCCAAGCUGAUGCCGGAUUCUGCUCUUACGGCACCCAAGGAGAAGAAGCUUACAGGAAGACAGUGGUUCGAGAGUGGCAGAGCGAGAGGAGCAGUGGUCACUGUUGAUCAAGAAUCUGAGGAGGAAGAUGAUGAAGACAUUGACUUUGAAGACGAAGACUUUGAAGAUGACGAAGAAGACAUGCUUGAGCACUAUUUGGCGGAGAAAUCUGAUUCUUCCGCUCCCACAUCAAGGGCCUGAAUCGAGGGAUCCCUAUAUAAUGAUUAUUAUGGAUCUUUUCUGGAUAGAGAUCAUGAUGCGAGAGACUGGCCUUACAUUGAACAGCAUCCAAUCUACAACAUAUCCUCAGUUUUCCCAGCUUUGAUCUGCUCAAGAGUUACCUCGAGAGUUACCAUGUCUUUAUCUGAUAUCCACCUUCAUUGUGUCAUUUACAAGAACAACUUAUGAGAGAUGCCAAUGAUUUUGUAAUUUUUUGGUUUAGGAUCAGCGAAAACCGGAUCUCUCCGAAAAAUCUUAAAAGACAAGUUGAACCUCAUUUAGAAACCCUUGUUGCAGCUUUGAGUCAUCAGUAUGUUCCAGUCUUAACUUAUGAAGUCAGAGAACAUAUAAAGCAAUGGAAAGCUGUGUUUAUAGCUAAUAAAUAUUGAUGCUA